GCAACAUAAGACCCACUGUUCUAACGCGGAAAGAAGAAAACGCUAAUCGCAGUACUGUAAAAUUUGACUGCAACAAGAUAGUCACAGAUAACGUUAACCAUAGUCGCGGAACACCAGUAUAAAGAAAUAAGCUAACACCAUGCCAAGAAAGAAAGACAUUGUUAAAGGUGGCGCUCCAAUAGCUAGAAUUCGAGAAAGCUCGAGACUUAUGCGCACACACGAAUCUAUGGUAGAUUUCAUAAAUGGACGUCAUCCUCCGAGCUCUAUCCUGGAUGUGUUUGCCUCUGGCCUAUUAGGUUUAGAUUUUUUAAGAACCUUUGACGGAGACCUGGAUGACGACCUCAUAUAUUCUGAUGACGACGAUGAUGAUGAUUAUGAUCACUUCUAUCCACACAGUGCUGCUCACAGGCCUUUAGAACCACAUCCACGAAUUAGACAACUCACUGAUGAGGAGGCUGAUAAACAUGCAAAGGAAUUGAUAAAAGAAGAGGAACGGCGUAAGGAGAAAACUGAGAAGAACAAGCGUAAGAAAUUGCGUAAAAAAGAAAAGAAACGACUCGAAAAGGAGAAUGCAGUUAAAGACAUUUUACCUGAAGAAGAACAAGGGAAGUCGGACUCCUCAGAAAAUCAGGAAGAAAAUCCUGUUAUUGAAAGUAAUGCAGAAGCAAGUAAAUCUUCUGAAUCUGGUAAAACACACAAUGCAACUGAGGCAAUCGGAUGUGAUGAAAGCAGUGGUAAUAAUAAAGAAGAAAAUCUUGUGAAGAUGAAAGAGAAUAAGGAGCAAAAGGAUUUGGAUUUAAAUAAUUCAUAUGCUUCUACGGCAAAAUCGGUGCCUGAGGAGACGUGUAACCAGAGGCCUGCAAAAGAAAGAAAAAAGAACAAAACAAAUUUUUUGGAAGUUCAGCAAUCCAAGGAGGAAAAGCCUAAAGUUGUGGAGAAACCUGAAGUUCAAAAGAAGAAGGAAGAGAAACGUGAACCCAAUAAAGAGAAAACAAUGGAUCCCACUGCAGAAGAGUUUGCAAAAAGAAGUAGAGAGCUUGCUGGUACUGGAAAUCGUUUGGCUGCCUCUGGACAGUACGAAGUGGCAGUGAAAUGCUUUACUGAUGCCAUAAAAUACAACCCAAAGGAAUUUAAGUUAUUUGGAAAUCGGUCCCUCUGUUAUGAAAGAAUGCAGCAGUAUGAAAACGCUCUCAGGGAUGCUGACGUAGCACUCUCCAUGGAGCCAAACUGGAUAAAAGGUUUAUUUAGGAAAGGAAAAGCUCUCUGUGGGCUCAAGAGAUACUAUGAGGCCUCGCUGAUCUAUAAGGAGGUGUUGAAGCUGGAAAGUUCGAGCGCUGAAGCCACACAAGAGCUGAAACGAGCACAGACAUUGCACCUCAUGGAAAUGGGAUUCACCUGGGCACAGAGCUCUGAGGCCUUGAAAACACAUGCCACGUUGGAGGAAGCUGUUGAAGCCCUGUUUGGUGUUGACAGUAAACCAGGUCCUGGAGAUGCCAGUGCCAGUAGGGACAAUACAGACCAACCAGUGGUGCAGCAGGAAGACGACGAUGAGGGAGAGUGGAUUGUCCUACAACCAAGCCGUCCUAGAAUGCAGCAGGUCAAAGAGUGUGAUGCUUUUGGCCAAAGCAGAUCGAAAUCUCAGUCACCAACCCCUCAUUCAAGGAAUUCUAUGAAACCGGAGCUUUUCCCCAUCUGGGUUGGAUCCUUGGCCCCUGCUGUCACCUACACAACACUCCACGAGCUCUUCAGCAGAGCUGGGACAGUCUACAGCAUCAAGAUGCUGCUGGAACAGCAGUGUGCCUUUGUGAACUACACCAAAAAGGAAGACUGUGACAGAGCCAUCCAGUGUAUUAAUGGAAUGGUGGUAGAGGGGGCUCCACUGUCAGUGCGAUAUCCCAAUAAAAUCCACACUGGACUGGGUAUGUCCAAAUCUGCCGCCACGGACUCCUUUUCACGCCCUGGCCCGUUCAAGAAGGAGUGCUUUUUCUGGAGGACCACAGGCUGCACGAGGCAGGACUGCACCUACAAACAUCUCCCAGAGCACAAAAACAUUGACAAGGACAAAUUCACCAGUAGACUGGGAAAUCUAGGAAUUCAAAAAUGACAAGCAUGCAUUGUUUCCUUUGACAUUUAACACAGCAAUGGUGCCAAACUGUGCUGCUUUUAGUAGUUUUGGUUCUUGUGAAGUUUGGCCUCAAAAAAGAAUCAUUGUGUUUGGAUUUGUCAUUCUGUUGCAAUUUUGAAAAUGUUUGCACCAUGAUGGCCCACCAUUGUACGAAUACAAAGGACACGCCAAACUACGUUAUACUACUGUAUUAUAGUAAUAAUUCAUGUGCAUCAAGCUUUGAGCAUUCCUUUGCAAUAGGAUUUUGUCAGGGAUUAUUUGUGAUUAUCUAAUCUGUUUAAAGAUUGUGUUAAAACAUUUGAUUUUUUACUUUGUUGCAUUAUUUUAACAGAUUUUUCUGUUGAUUUUCAGUCCACACUAGGUGGCACUGUUACCUUUAUCCCUUAACUUUGGGGCUAUAAACCGUUCUGCUUUCAUUUUAAAGGCUGUGAUUGAUGAGUAGUAAUGCUAUCGGCACAUUUAAUGUGCCAUGUUUAACUUUGAAACUGUGCUCUGUAAUUAGAUUGUUGGGGAAUUCUUUAAUAUGCAGCGUGACUGGUUCAGAAGUUAUAUACAUUAUGUAUACAUUUUGUAAUGCCAUGUCUGUUGGAGAAUCUGUUUAAGUGUAGUGAUGUUUGGACAUAAACUGUCAUUCAAUAAGUGCCUUUUAGUAGCACUGUGGCUGCAGUUUAUCAUGGGUCAGCCCAGAGGGAAUUAAAGCCUCAAUUUUGAGAGUGUUAAUGUCAUGCACAUUAAUAUAUACAGUACAAGACCAAAGACUUGGUAUAGGUGGAAUAGUAUAGAUGGGCCUGGAUGUGACGAAGAAUAGUAAAAUCAGACUCAUGAUAAACUGCAUAAGGCUAAAGCACGAUUUGUGAGGAUGAUUAUUCAAGCCUCAGCAUGUUACUCUGUGUAACUUGGGGUAUCACUAUAAGAUCAGAGGAAGCUGUGAUUUGAGGAUGAGGCCUAGUGGUUUUUCGCUGUCCCAUCGCUAAAACAUCACCAGAUAAAUCCCGGCAGCAGUUGUGUAUCCUGUUGCAGUGUCCUUGAGUGAGAAGCCCUCUGCGGUCGUCUUAGGCCAGCCUGAAUUAAGAGUAGAGUGCCACUUAAAUGCCUGUAAAGUAACUCUUGUCCCUGAGAUUUUAUCUAAAGCGAGGUUCUUCUAAGCUGAAAAUACCUCACUUCAAUCUGCCUGACUGUGUCUCCUCGCUGUUAAUGUGGGUGGGAUUUGUAUAGAUCCCCCCCCCCCCCUCUUUUUGCUCGUUUGUUAUUUGACUCAAGCAGUUCAAGGUCACUUCUGUGACUCCUGUUACGCAAUGUGCGGGGUGUGAAUUACAAAACCUUCCCAAAGACCUGAAUAAUUACCUAAAAAUGAGGUUGGAGCAGUGAAAAGAGUUGAGGCUUUUAGCUGUGAAAAGUGCUUAGUCUUGACCUUACAGACAGAGCAGCUGUACUUGUGGGCAUUAAUUGGCUGAUGGUGGCAUACCUCACAAAGCCCUUUUGAUCUGUGUGAGAUUUGAGAGCAUGAAAGGCCUGUAAUACUAAUAACAUGAACUCUGGUUGAACCCAUAGGCAGCACUGGGACAUUGCAAAAUGGGUCUAUAUUUAAUCUUAUUGGUCUACUUGGCUUUGACCUGCUUAGAAACCUGUUCAAAUGCAGAUAAAGACUGAUAAGAGGCUAAGGUUCACAAACCGGCUGGAAUCAACAUCCUGCCACUCCGGGCCCGCACAGAGCCAAUCCCUUACUUAACUAAAGCAAACACCAGGAAGAUUAAGUGCAUCUUGCUAAGAGGCUGUGUGGUUUGUAGAACUUUUAACAGAUUUCUCUUUCCCUCCCUCCCAAUAGGAAGAAAAGGGAACAAGAAAACACAGCAGACAUGACAUGUUGCUCUCCCACUCUUUGCUUUGUGAUAUAUGGCUAUGCAGCAAAAAUCCUCCUCACUCCCCCUCAAGAGACGUUUUGAGUUGGAUUAAUUGAAUGCAUUGCUUUUAGCGCAGGGAUACAUAAACUAAUUCUUAUUCUAAUUCUGUGGUUUUUCCUCUGCUGGUAAAUAAACUAUUGAUGUGACACAAGGGAGAAGCUGACUCGAGCUGUAAAUCAACAGUCUGAUUUGUUUCUUAGGAAGCCAAAAUAAAUGCUCCACUGCAGCUUUGCAGCCGCUCAGCUU